AUGCCGCAUAGUCAUUGUCAUGGUGAACAUGAUCAUGAUCAUAGUAAUCCUGCCGAGCUAGGUUUACAAUAUAAUCUUUAUGCAAAGAUCGAUAAGGAUAAUCUUCAGUGUUUGAACGAAAGCAUUGAUGGAUCGGGCAAAACGGUUUUCAAGCCCUGGGAAAACAGGCUGGACAGGAGCGAGUUUGUGGAAAGUGAUGCAGAUGAGGAAUUGUUAUUUAAUAUACCAUUUACGGGUAAUGUAAAAUUAAAAGGCAUUAUUGUAUCUUCCGAGGACACAAAUGCUCAUCCUGCAAAAUUGCGUUUGUUUAAAAACAAACCAAAUAUGACUUUUGACGAUGUAAGUUUGGUAGCUGACCAAGAAAUAGAAUUACAGAAAGACAGUGAAGGUAUUCUGGAAUACUCUCCAAAGAUCGUUACAUUUUCCUCUGUAUCACAUUUAACUAUGCAUUUUCCGUGUAAUUUCGGAGCUGAAAGCACAAAGAUUUACUACAUAGGUCUUAAGGGUGAAUGGACACCAGGACACAAACAUGGUGUCACUAUAUGCACAUAUGAAGCUAGACCUAAUCUGGAUGAUCACAAACUGAAACAUCUUGACUCAGUUACAAAGCACAUUGAAUAA